UGACUUUUCGAGACUGCGGUACCGAAUGCGAAUGCAGACCAUUACGGACGAGGAUGCAUAUAGCACCAUCAAUCAUAUCGAGAUGAGAAUGGUCCAGUGGUCGAUUGACUCGAUGAACACUCAUCAGGCAUGGAAAUACCGAGACCUAGAGGUCCAAGAUAGCCCUCACGUAUGGAACGGCAUGGUGCACGCAUACGAGGGACACCCAGCAGCAAGCGUAUGGGAGACCUAUCGCAGCGUCAGGAUCAUGGUCACCCGCACUCAAGAGCUACUUCUUCGACGUUUUGGUGUGCCAAGCGAACAAGAAGAAGCACAGGUAUCAUAUUUCAAAAGUGUCAGACGGCAAAUGACAGACGACAUUUGCGCCGCGAUACCGUCCCAACUCGGACACGCACCAGGUUACAACUCGCCUUGUAUCCUCAUCACAGCCUACGGUUCAAUCUGGCCCCUUUUCUUCGCCGGCACAUGCGCUCUCGAACGCAUAGGCCCUCAAAUCUGGACCUCCUUAUCCGACAAGAACAGCACUUACAGCAUGUCAACCGCUACGUCCUCAGCUCUAGCCCAAGCCCUCUGGAUUAUCGGACGCCUAGAAUACGUAUCCAAAGAGGUCGGUCUACGCUGGGCAGACGGUAUAGCAGCGACAUUGAAGGGCGAUUUCGAGAUCGCUGGAGACGAAGAUCUGCUCCCAGUUUAUAUCGAGGCCGAUAGUAGGUAUAUCAAGAUGUUUUGGAAACAGAAAAUGACAGAUAUGAGGAAUAACGAAUUGUCGAAUUGGGUGGAGAAGGUCAAGAAUUCUGGGAGGGGGCCUACGGUUUUGAUGGAGAGGGCGAGUCCGCUUAGUGAUGCGCUUGCGCAGCCUAGAGAGCGACAUGGACCUAUUUGGGUGGGUGGUGGACGGAUGGCGAAUUCUUCGAUGGAGCCUCGGUGGUGACCUCUGAGGCGAGCAGAAGGAGUUGGACAUGGGUUGGUUGCAUGCUUGGGGAGCGUGUAUGGCUUUAGUCUUUUGGUGCACAUUACGACAGCGUGGAGUAUGGUGUAGCUGUCACUUUUGUUCUUCUCAAUCUAUGUCAUAUAGUACAGCCGAAUGGCGGUACGAUGGCUUUCUCUCUUUCUUUCUAGAUGUUGGUGUAGCGCAAGUAUGGCUUCACCUAAGGCAAUUCUCGAGAUGCAGCGCUGGGUGUGCAGUGCAUACGUGGCUGCUUAGCAGGUAGAGCCCAGAGAGUCUAGUUGUGCGCAGAGCAGAGCAGAGCAGAGCAGUACGAGUGAAUGUGGCG